UUGUUCUGUGGUCACGCCGGUCAGCGCCUCAGCGGCUUUUAAAGUUAGUUUGUUUCUUUUUUACUUGGCGGAGAAAUAAGUUGGACUAAUAUAUUAUUUUUUCAAUCUUCUAUUAACAGCACAACAUUGCUAAAUAGUAAAACAAAGUUACUUGAAUUGCUUAAUGUCUUUAUUAGAAGAUGUCUUUCUCGAGAACGAAGCAGAUGAAGCUCAGGAGUUGGAACGUGUUAUUGAAGGAGAGGAUUACGAUGAGAGACCGGUAACUCCCAAUAGUGAUGAGAACGAAGAAAGAGAAGAUGAAGCAGAAGAAGAUAAAAGGCGUAUUGAUCCCACACAUAGCAAGACCAAGCGGGUAAUAAAGAACCCAAGAUUUUUAUUGAACCCUGCUAGACUUACAGGGCCUAGAGGGAUUGAAGUUAUUCCAGAGCAUUUCAAGGAUUUUAAAUUUCAAGGUAAAGGGCAUGAGAAAGAAGACUUGGACUUGGUACUGAAGAAACUUGAGCACUGGGCCUAUAGACUAUACCCAAAGUUUGAGUUUGCAGAUUGUCUGAAAAAAAUUGAGACACUUGGCAAAAAGAGGCCUGUUAAGGUUCAUCUUCACAAAAUAAGAUUUGGUUUAAUGACAUUUGGUGGGGAGACAGUAGACCAGAAAGAGUCUAGUGAUGAUGAACAGGCUGUCGCAACACAAGAAGAUGAGUUUGAUAAGCUGCUGCAACAGCAGAUAGAAUUAGCUAAAUCUACUCCAAUGUCUGCGAAACAACCACCAAGCGAAAUGCAACUGUUUGAGAACCGUUCUUUAUUGAUGCCAAAAGCUACAUCUUCACCAUCAAUUAAUGAUGAACAAAGAGAAAGAAUGCUCAGAAACAGAAGAUUGGCAGAGGAAAGAAGACUUGCCAAACUGAAGAACAAUAGAGUAGUGAACAAUGGCAGUAAAGAUAUACCACUCGACAUAGAUACAGUGGCUGAAUGUUCUGCUGAAAUUGAAGAUGAUGUAAUAUUCAGGAAACGUAACAUAUCAAAUGCAAUAGAUAGUUCUUCAGAUGAUGAUGAAAUUUCUAUGAACAAGUCUGUCACAGUUCAAGUUCAUGGAGUUGUUAAAAACAGCAAAAACAAUGAUCAAACUGUAAAGGUUAAUGUGAAUAUAGUGCCCGAUACAUCUGAAACCGUUGACACAGUUGCUGAUGAAAUUAUCAAUGAAAAAACAGACGAAGUACAACAAAAUAAAGAUGCUGUUGCUGAAAGUUCAUAUAAUGUAGACAUAAUUGAUAAAAAUAAUAAAGUUGACGGCUUCAAUGUUAUUGUACAAAGUGAAAUAGAUAAUGUUGAUUCUAUAGAUGAUAACAAUCUAUCCCCUGUCACAGAUCAAACCAUUCACUCUCGAAUCUGUAUUAGACAAGAAACUGAAGAGGAGAAAGUAACACAAGAAAUUAAAGAUCAACCUAGUGAAAUUAGAAAAGGAUCCUUAGUCAGUAAUGAAGAAAGUGUUAACAAAGAUAUUAAUAAUGAUAUGGAUGUUGACUUUGAUGACGAUUUUUGAUUUAAUUUUUAAAUAAAACCAUAAGAUC